AUGAAUAGCUUCCCCCUUGCAGGCUUUCUGGGCUACACGGCAAAAACGUUUAGCUACAAGACCACUUCGGAUGGCGACAUUUCUGUUGAUGUCGUCUACCCGGAGGAGACGGAUGGUUCUCCUAGUACUGUUCUCAUCCAUUAUCACGGCGGAUUCCUAAUUUUUGGUGACAGAUACAGUUUCUUGCCGUACUGGCUGGUUCACGCCUGUACCUCUCGCAAAUGGAUCUUUGUGACGCCCGAAUAUCGUCUAAUUCCGGAGACGACGGCACACAGCGCUGUUGAGGAUGCCGCAGAUGCUUACGAGUGGGUUCGGUCCUCACUUCCAGGUCUCCUGGGUCGCUCAAUCGGCUCGGUCCUGGUAUCGGGCUCGAGUGCCGGAGGUUACUUGGCACUCACGACGGGAACCUUGGCCAAACAGAAGCCCGAAGCUUUGUUGCCCAUCUAUGGGAUGCUUGAUCCUGCCGGGUCUCGCUAUACGACACCUGGCUCUAGCAUCUUUGGUCAACCCGUCUUCGACACAAAGCCCGUCCUUCAGCAGUUCCCCAAGAAGAAGGAAAACGAAGAGAGAAAGUCCAUCUCUGCUUGCCCUCAAACUGAAGAUUCAGCAAAUGAUCCCAGGUUCUCUCUAGCGGCGGCACUCCAUAUCGAAGCCCUGUUCCCCGAUUACAUAACCGGCGUCGACGGCCUGAGCCGUGCACUUGCCGAGGAGGGCAUCAAGGCAAUCCCCGAGAAAGACAAGAAGCUCUUCCCACUGUCGUUUGGGAACUUGGUUGAUCUUCCCCGUACCUUUCUGCUCCACGGCGUCAAUGAUUCAGCUGUACCCAUCGAGAACAGCGUGACCGCAGCUGAGAAGCUUCGGGCGGCGACAUCGAGCGAAAUCAUCACCGAGUUCCCCGAGGAUGCGGAACAUGGGUUUGAUUGUAGGAUCGGUAAUGUCAACGUGGAAGGAAAGGAAGGGGAUAAAGUCCUCGCAGUGGAGAGCCUGAGGAGGGCUAUUCAGUUCCUGGAAUCGUCGGUUAUCAAACCAUAG